GGAGCACAGCGAAUGCAGGAGUGGAGGGAUCUGGGCACCUGAGGAGAGUGUCAGAGUGAGAAAGAUGCUGUCAGCCCUGCUGAGUUUUUCCAGCAUUUUUUUGUCGUUGUUGAAGAUGGAGCUCCCUGGAUGACUCGGGAUGAGGGGGAUUCAAAGGAAACACAGGCGCUGACAGGUGACUCCCAAACUCGAGGACAGCCGGAAAAUUCCAGCGGAAUGGCAGAUGUGAAUGGAACCUGCGGGAAACUCAAGCAGUGGACAGACGCCAUCUACGUGACGGCUUUCAGCUUCAUUUUCCUGCUCGGGCUGGUCUUCAAUGUCCUGGCCCUCGUCUUCUUCUUCCGCUUUACCAAGAUCCGCUCGCAGACCACCAUCUACAUGAAGAACCUGGCGUGCUCCGACCUGCUGCUGGUUGUCUCCUUGCCCAUCCGCAUCUGGUACUACAUGAGCCGGCCGCAGCUGCCGCUGCGGCUGUGCGAGGUCAACGGCCUCAUCUUCUUGGUCAACAUGUACGGCAGCAUCUUCUUCCUCACCUGCAUCAGCCUGGACCGCUGCGUGGCUAUCUGCUUCCCCAUGAAGUCCCGGCUCAACGAGCUGCGCAACUGGGCCACUUGGAUCAGUGUUGGGAUCUGGGUGCUGGUGAUCGGAGCAAGCAUUCCCCCUUACCUGGUCAUCCCAAGUAAGUCCAAUGCCUCCUGCCACUCCUGCUUUGACAAGGACCCUACCUUUGUCACCAACCGAAUGACUGUGGUCCCCACCCUCUUCAUCGGUUAUGGGAUCCCACUGGCCACCAUCCUGAUCUGCUCCCACGCCCUCCUGAGAGGCAUUCGUCAAAGCACCGCCACCCGCAUGGACUAUGUGGACUGGCGCAAGAUCCGCAACAUGGUGCUGGCCAACGUGGUGAUCUUCAUCAUCUGCUUCCUGCCUUAUCACACGGUGCUGCUCCUCUACAGUGUCGCCCCCGGCAAAGACAGUGACUCGGCGCUGCCAGCCGCCUACCGCAUCACCAUCACCGUGGCCUGCUUCAACGCCAUGCUCGACCCCAUCGUCUACUACUUCGCCACGGAGACCUUCCAGAAGAGCGUGGGCAUGAAGGCUCUGAAGAACGCCCUCACCUCCAACACGGACAGCGCCGAGGGCAACAACCGCUCCAUGUCGCCCAUCAACGCCUGAAGUCAAGGGUCAGCCAGCUCGGUGCCCGGGAGAAAAGGAUUUUGAAGGGAGAGAGGGAGACAGACAGAGGGCCAGAGUUAGGGGAGAGGGUGGAGGGCUGGAGGGCCACGUGGCUGCAAGCGUGAGAGAAUUGCCCUGCGACUACAGUCUACAUGUGGGGAAAUCUGGUAAGGUCAAGGAGUGUGAAUAUAGAGCUAACAAUGUAAGCGACUUGGGACUUAAUAGGAGUGUGAAUGCAAUCUGAAGACUGAGGAUCUUCUGAGUGAGAGUGAGCUGUGAAGCUUCGGCAAGUGGUGGCAUUCACUUCACACCUACUUUCAAUGUUAGCUUGGAAAUAAUGGAUGAUAAUAAAGUCCUAUUGCGCUUCACCGAGGUCAGGAGUCCGGAAACCUGGGUAGUAGCAAAAGGAGUAUGCACUUUAAGCAGGUUCGAUGUAAAUAUUAAAGCUCUUUAUUUGCAGUAUCUUUUUGAGAUAUUCGCGAUAGUUCACCAACAGUCACAGACUCCCAGAAGUGACAGUUCACAGGGAGUUGACGCAGAGAGAUCCUUAAUUAUAAUACUUUUCACAAAUACUUUCACUUCUGAUGUAAAACCUGCUGAAAGGAAAUGGGUCCUGGGUGUAGUCGAGUAACAUUCGCUAAAGGUCAUCGACCAGUGCCGAGGGGCCGCUGUCAUGUUGGAUACCAGGGCGUUCUGUUGAAGGGUCAUGAGGACUCGAAACGUCAACUGUGCUCUUCGCCGAUGCUGCCAAACCUGCUGAGUUUUUCCAGGUAUUUCUGUUUCUGUUUUUUGUUCAUCCAUAAGGUUGGUGCCAGGGGACUGGAGAAUUGCAAUAGCACACGCUGAAUCAAAAGGAAGGCAAGGAUAAACCCAGCAACUACAGGCCAGUCAGUUUAAACUUGUUGCAGAGAAAGAUUUUAGAUAGAAUGACCCGGGACUAAAUUAACGCUUGGGUAAAUGUGAAUUAAUUAAGGAAAGCCAUCAAAGGAUUUGUUGCGGGAGAAUUGCAGAUUUUUGAUGAGGUAACAGAGAGGGUUCAGUAGAGCAAUAUGGUUGAUGUUCUGUACAUAGAUGUCCAAAAGGUGACUGAUAAACAUAUGAACAUAUAUAAGAAAUAGGAGCAGGAGGAGGCCAUUCGGCCCCUCAAUACUGUUCCGCCAUUCAAUAAGAUCAUGGCUGACCUAAUUGUGACCUCAACACAUUCCUGCCUACCCCCGAUAACCUUCGACUAUCUUGUUAGUCAUGAAUCUACCUAACUCUGCUUUAAAAAUAUUCAAUGACCCUGCUUCCACCACUUUCUCGGGGAGAGAAUUCCAUUGACUCAUGAGCCUCUGAGAGAAAAAAAUUCUCCUCAUCUCUUAAACGGGAUACCUCUUAUUUUUAAACUGUGUCCCUCUAGUUCUAGUCUCUCCCACAAGGGGAAACACCC